GAACAAUUAAGAUGUUACGAUGACAGAAUAUGCUGUACAUCGCUUCUUUUCUCUUCAUUUCUUCAUUGUCAGUCUAUACCUCGUGGGAUUGGACGGUGCAUAUUUUCCAAACUUUGGGUUUGUAGGAUGUUACAUCUACACAGGUCACAUGGACAGGUAUUCCAAUUUUACGAAUUCGGAAUUUCCUUUAUCAAACAAUCAACGUUCUGCCACUAAUGAAUGCACACAGCACUGUUUACAAAAAGAGGAGAAAUACAUGUACGCUGGGCUAAUGUACAAAUUUGAUUGUCUCUGUGGAAACGACUACAACCAGACAUUUGCAGUGAAUGAGAACAUAUGUGAUGAUGAUAACGACAUACGUACAGCCUACAUGAAAAUUUACAACACGGACUAUGAUGUGAAACCGCUGCUUUCACUUCCUGGAAACCAGUCCAACAUCAUGACGGCCUGGAGCACAACCGGGAAUUUUCACAAAAUGUUUGUUGGUGACGUCAUGAGAAACCCAGCUAUUGAUUGGUGGAAUGAGCGCAAACUCUAUCAUAAGCCAGAAUUCGUAAAACUAGUAACAAUGAACAAGUAUGGACAAUGGCUGUGGUCUAUGGAUUUCUUUACCAAUGACUCAGAAUCAGCAAAUCUUACAAAUUGGAUGACUGUUGACAAUGUACUGAAAAAUGAAUUCCUGAAUCCGAAUGAACACGGGGGACUAAAUAUAUCACUUAGUGAGGAUAACGUGGUAAUACACAGCGGAAGUGCAGUCUGGUUUUCACAUGGAGACAUACAGAGGGACAGCUCAAGAGUCACUGUGUUUACUCAUAACACGGAGCCUCAUACAGUUUUAAUCUAUAAUCCCACUCGAUGGUGUUUGACUGAGUGUGACUGUAAAACACAGUGUGAUGCAGUUGGUUAUGUCUCGAGAUCUGAGUCACGUUAUUGCGUCACCAGGUACCACCAAGACCUUUGUAACAGUUCUUUGCAGCAGCUACGUCCCCCUUGGGAGGAGUCCAAAGCAUAUUGUUCCAGCGAAAAAUUACCUAACUUGACAUCUUGCAGAAAUAAUUGCAGUGAAUAUCAGUUUAUGCUGUACUUCGAAGAUGACGUGUGUAUCUGUUUGGAGAAGAUCGGAGGGAACGAAAACUGUAAUAUCGAAUUACAAAUACAACCAAAUUACGGGCUGAACAGGCUAAAGGUUUUGAAAAACAACACACUGAAGAAUACAACAGAGCACGACAUAUCGUUUCCCCGGUAUGUACAUGUAUGCGGUAUACAGUUGGUGUCUAUAAAGGUAGAUACGGCCAAUGACGUUAAUACACCGUAUACAUGCAGGCUAACAUUCUGGAUGAAGGAGGGAUUGACUGAAGUAAUGGAUAUCAAUGUUAAUGAAGGGGUCAUCCACCACCUUGAUGCCUGUAUUUAUUCCCAGAGAGUGAAGUUAAAUAUCUUGGACAUCGAAGAAGCCGGAUAUUACACUUUUCAAUAUUGUAUAUAUACUAUCAACGAUUCCUUGAUUAUUGCUGAUAGAGUUGUCUUUCUUGGAUAUUACCAUAAGGAAGAGCCGAAGGUGAGCAAAUGGGAAUUCUUGAAUGAUUUCACGAUCGAGGAAAUUCGAAACAUUAUGAGACCCACGCUGGAGAAAACACAGUCAGAAGGAUCGGUGCCCGUUCGGAAUCUAUCAUCAAACAUCAGAAAGAAAGAAAGUGCUGGCGACUCUCGAGAGUCCUCGCAGGGAAUUGGAAUUCUGGGAGGAUGUCUGCUGGGAUUCGUAUUCAUUCUUAUCUUCGUCUCGGAUAUUUUCAUCCUGAAAGUUCAUCUAACUGCCAUGUACCGUAAUCUGCAUUCUGCAUUAACGAGAUCCAAAGUCAAAUCGCCCUGAUGAUGUGUGAAAGGAUCUUCAAAUAUGUUUCAACGGUAUCAAAAAGAAGGAAAACAUUGUAAUUAUGAAAAUCAUUUAUUUUAAAGUGGAAUCAAAUUUGCUACGUAUGGUUUUGUAUGUAGAUCGAUCAUUGUGAUUUGUAGCAAUCCCUAGCUGUAGCUGUCCCAGAAUCCAACUGACUGACUCCUGAUUAACAAGCACCAUUGUCGUUAUGUUUAGAAUCAGCACAUAGGGAUACAAGUUGGAUUUCUUUAACUGUGCGCAGUGACCUAUAAUGUUCAUACUGUGUGUGCAUGCGAAACAGUACCACUGACAUGAAUGUUAUGCGUUUUGUUGGUCAGCUAAUUAACGAGGCCGGACUGGUCAUGUUGGUUUGAACAGAAAUGUUUAUUUUCAUUAUCUGCAACAUUAGGACAAGUUACGAUUUAGGAUAAAGACCCUAUACAGAUUCGACCAUUUUUAGAAGGCAGCAUGAAAAACACAGUACUGUAAAUGGGGAAAUGAUUGCGGUGGGUUUAAUUUCGUUUUGUUCACGGUCGGAGAUUUUUCCGCGGAAUUAAAACAACCGCAAUCAUUUUGCAAGUGUGACACAAUACGUUUUGAACAGUUACCAGUAAUCAAAAUAAAAUUCGAUUCGGCGAAAAUAAAACCAUCGCAAUUAGACCAAUAUAAAAAAUCGCUUUUAGCACCGCGAAAUUAAAACCAUUUACAGUAUAUCAUUGUGUCGCCUGCGUUACGCAGUGGCGACAUAUAGGGAUCACUAUCCGUCGUCUGGCGGCGUCGUCUGGCGUCGUCGUCGUCACAAAAAAUUUCUGUCACAGUUUUCUCAAGAACCACAUGGGGCAACUCCCUGAUAUUUGGCACAGAGCAUCACUGUGGCCAACUGUAUUGUGUAAGACAUUUUCGAAUCUGUCGCUUAUCAACUUCCUGUUUGCCGGGACUUAGAAUUUUUUACAGCAAAAAAAUUUCUGUCACAGUUUUCUCAAGAACCACAUGGAGGAACUCCCUGAUAUUUGGCACAGAGCAUCACUGUGGCCAACUGUAUUGUGUAAGACAUUUUCGAAUCUGUCGCUUAUCAACUUCCUGUUUGCCGGGACUUAGAAUUUUUUACAGCAAACAAAAUUCUGUCACAGUUUUCUCAAGAACCACAUGGGGCAACUUCCUGAUAUUUGGCACAGAGCAUCACUGUGGCCAACUGUAUUGUGUAAGACAUUUUCGAAUCUGUCGCUUAUCAACUUCCUGUUUGCCGGGACUUAGAAUUUUUUACAGCAAAAAAAUUUCUGUCACAGUUUUCUCAAGAACCACAUGGGGCAACUCCCUGAUAUUUGGCACAGAGCAUCAGUGUGGCCAACUGUAUUGUGUAAGACAUUUUCGAAUCUGUCGCUUAUCAACUUCCUGUUUAGUGACAAAAACCAUUUCAAUAAUUUACUUUUUCAACAUUAUACGUGAUAUAUUACAUAUAGAAUGAACUAGCAGGCGACACAUGUCUUCCGGGGAAGACUUAAUACUGCGUUAAGUUCACCAGGCCAUGUCUAUUUCGAAUCAGUUUUGAUAUAUAAUACAUGUAUAUACCGAAUUCACAGGAAGAACACUAUAUUUAAUUGAAAUUCCAAAUUUCCUCAUUUUGGCCGAAGUUGACAAGUUGAAGCACGUCUGGCAUCCGGAAAUAUUGAACACACAGUCACUUGUUUAUCUAUCAAACUUAUUAGUAAGUAUUUUGCAUACUAAUGUCAGGUUCACUUUUUGUAUAAAAAAUGACACAUAAGCAAAUGUGUGUUCUAAAUAUUUCAAACCAAAAUGUAUGUAAAAUAAAAACAAGAAUAGCUGCCAUAUAUGUAUUCCUCUGAACUUCUACAUUGUCUCAAAUCCGUGACAGUCCUGUGACGUACAUCCGUGACAGUCCUGUGACAUACAUCCGUGACAGUCCUGUUACGUACAUCCGUGACAGUCCUGUGACGUACAUCCGUGACAGUCCUGUGACGUACAUCCGUGACAGUCCUGUGACGUACAUCCAUGACUGAACAUAAUUGUACUAAAAGCUUCGCGGUUUUAAGUCUGAUUUGAAAUGUAGGUGACAAUUAGAGGUCACACAAGACCAUUAUUCUAACUUGAUCUUUUUGUGAUCAUUGAAAACAAUGUUCACGUUUUAGAAAGUGUACAAGUUAUGUUUUUAUAUAUCUUGAUACAUGUAGAUGUACAUUUACAAUUUUUCUAGUUUUAGCUGAAUUGAUUUGCUUUACUUUUUACAAUAAGGUACUUUGACCACCCUCCCGUAACAACUUACAUGUAGCCCUUAAACACGAUUCCACUACAACAUUUACCACGUGAUUAGAGAUCCCAAUAAUUAGCAAGGUUUAUUGCACUCCUGGGCCAUAAAACACAGGUGAAAAAACGGAGUGGAGUGAAAUAUGAAAAGUGGAGGUAACGGACAGUGAACAAUCUCGCAACAAUCUAUGUAUUUAAUAGUCACAGUCUUCACUAUCAGUCUAAGGGAAAAAAAUAUUAUUCUGGAAUAAGCAGUAGUCAAACCCUAGAUGCAUGGAUACACUCUAAUGAAGAUUAAAAAUAGUGGCCAUUAACGAGGAACUUACUUUAUUUAUAAGACUCCGUGAAUAUUGGGAUAAAUGCUUAUUUUCAAACCAUGUACACGUAUUCUCAUCAACUUAGUACCACCCAAUUUGUUGAUAAAAACCCAUUAACUUAAAAGUACCUUUGGUAUCAACAUUAACAUGGACAGUUCAUGAAGACGAACUUUCAAAUUAGUAUGAAAACAUAAAACGAAUAUUACUCCCAAUUCAAGUUGAUGAAAUAUAAAUGAGUAAUUCAUCAUGCUUAUUGUUUUAGAAGGCUCACAGUGCAGGGUACAGCUGUCAACCUAAUAUAAAAUUUGCUGCUUGCUGCAGUGACAAAUCUUUCAACGGAUUUUAGAAACAUCAACUUGUUUGUUUUUGUUUUGUCUUUGAUUGAUUGAUUGUAUCUUGCUUAACCUCUCUCUCGAGAAUUUUUCACUCAUAUAAAGACGUUGCUUUUGUCUUUGAAGCUGUUGCAUUCGGAAAAACUUUUCAUUCCAGAUAGUACUUAAAGUAUACACAUACGGGUGUUAUGCGUUUUAACGUUUUGAUUUUUUUUUUUUUUUUUUUUUUUUUUUUUUUACAAAAAAGAUGUCCAAAAAGUUUUUCCUGCAAACAUCCUAUGCAGAUGUUGUGCAUAUAUCAAGCUUUUGACAGUAUAGCUUAUUCCAGAUUAAUAUUCAAACGUUCGACUUGAAUGCCGAGUGAGGUGGAACGGAGUGGAGUGAAAUCUGUAUUUACUAACCACAGCUUUGAGUAUCAGCCGCAUCGUGCUCUAACUAUGAGAAUGAUGAGUUACCAAUAUACAGUAUAUUAAAUCACCUUAUAUUGGGAGUAACGUCCCCUUCACGAUUUGAUAUUUCACCACAAUGAUCUCUCUAUACUUAGUUGAUUCUGUGUAAUGAAAGGUGAAGAUAACGACCAGUGUUCAAUCUCAUAACUCCUAUAACAAUACAAAAUAGAUAGUUGGGCAAACACGGACUCCUGGGACACACCAGAGGUGGGAUCAGGUGCCUAGGAGAAGUAAGCAUCCCCUGUUGACCGGUUCACACCCGCCGUGAGCCCUACAUCCUGAUCAGGUAAACGGACUUAUCCGUGGUCGAAAUCAUAAUAAUUUCAAAAAAUGAUAUACUAGAAAGUGUUUAUUGAAACAUAAUUUUAUGUAAAUAUUUUGUUUAUUCUCAAACACAUAUACACUCAUAAACGUAUUAAUAACCUUUGUUAAAAACACAUUCUUAAAAGUACGUUUAAACAUUAAUAUGUUUUAAAAAACUUAAAAACUCACCUUUUGAAAAUUGCUUUCCCUGAUUUUUCAAGUUUCUUACACAGUACAAGUUUUUGUCAAUGACUGUUUUAAUGCAAAUUUCUAAAUCUCCUUUAUGUUUUAUUUCUUUGAUUCCUAAUAUUUUGCAUAGUUUCAUACCGAUUGUUAAGCCGUUCUUGGCACACUGAUUUUGACUGCGGAUAACUCCGUUUACCUGAUCAGGAUAUGGGGCUCACGGCGGGUGUGACCGGUCAACAGGGGAUGCUUACUCCUCCUAGGCACCUGAUCCCACCUCUGGUGUGUCCAGGGGUCCGUGUUUGCCCAACUAUCUAUUUUGUAUUGCUUGUAGGAGUUAUGAGAUUGAUCACUGUUCGUUAUCUUCUCCUUGCAUGGACAUCAAAUAUGAAUGUUAGUGCAGGAUACGGCUGUCAAUUCUGAUAUCAGAAUAUUACAAGGUGUUUGUUGCGGUGACACUUUAAAGUGGCAUUGACUGUACAUAGCUUAUUCCAAUUAGUGGUUGUUUUUUCUUAAACUGAUAUUCAGAAUGCAGAUUUCACUCCACUCAGCUUCUUACCCCUAGCCAAAAUACAGACGGACUCGCUUUUCACAUGUGUUUGCUAUUAGAGGAAUAUAGGCUGUACCUAUAAUUCUUUAUUGCGAAAGACAUACAUCUUAUAGCAUUAUAACAAAAUUGAACAUGCAUAACAAUUACAAAGCUGAAAAUAAACGGCCAAUCUUACAAAGAUAUCUAGCAGAUUUAAAUACAUUAGUAUAAUGAUAGUGAAAAGGGAGAAUGACGAUACAAAUUAUAUAUUGUAGACUGUUCUUAAUUCAAGAGCUUUACAAAUAAAUUUUCCCACGUUACAAAGUUCUUUUACAUUGUUCACACUUAAUAGUUGUAUAAAUUUGGAACAUGGAGGGUUUACUCCAGUAAUUUAGCUCUAAUCUGACACUAUACAGUACAAAAAGUGGUAUUCGUCCUCAAUUUCAGUGAUACUUGUUUUACAAAACCUUUUUUCACGUGGUUUAUGUCUGCCAGUUUCUAUUGAUAAAUUAUUUGAUGAUAACCUUUGUUUGGAGAUACCCUUUUUGUACAAUUUAGGAAUAUAUUUUUCUAGGUAAUAUUGCAAGCAAAAACUAUCAACCAAAUGUUUGUAAAUAGCGUAUUUUAAUUAAUACUGCAUGUUGCUAUGUAGAUUUUGAAUAAAAUGAUCCUUUAAUCUU